GGAUCAUUUCGCGCAGAGUUAGUCUUGGUCGUGUCGUGAGGUUGGUGUCGAGCAGCGUCGUAAUCGCAAUCCGUUUAAUCCGACGGUGUCGCUUCGUCGUAAAUAUUUCCAAAGUAAAAUAUAAUCAAAGAUGAGUACAAAUGAAAAAAUGAAGCGAUGGGAAGGAAAAGUUGCGGUUGUCACAGGAGCCAGUGGUGCAAUCGGUGGGGCGAUCGCUAAGGAACUGGUCAAAGCUGGAAUGAUAGUUUGUGCAUUGGCCCGAAGACGAGAUAAAGUUGAGAAACUACGCGCUAGCCUGUUUGAUGUGGCUGGCAAUCUGAACUGCGUUGAAUGUGACAUUACCAUGGAGGAGGACGUGAAGCAUGCCUUCGGUUGGAUUGAAGGCACCUAUGGUGGAGUCGAUUUGCUGGUAAAUAACGCCGGAGUGAUCACUAAAUGCCUGUUGACGGAGAAAAAUAAUACCAAAGAUUUAUAUACCACGAUGGAAACUAAUAUUAUUGGUCUGUGCUUGUGCACUCGAGAAGCAGUCAAGUCCAUGAAGGCGCGAGAUGUUCACGGACACAUCAUCAACGUAAACAGUAUAUUCGGCCACAAGGUCCAUCAAGCCGUCCCUGGAACGAGGCCACUGAAUGGAAUGUAUCCGGCUUCGAAGUAUGCUGUCACCGCAAUUACCGAAUGUAUUCGCCAAGAGCUAAUUUAUCUGGAUAGCCAUAUCAAAGUGUCGAGUAUCAGUCCAGGAUUGGUGGAAGGUGAUCUUGUAGCAAGUCAUACAACCAACGAAAAUGAAAUCGUCAAAUACAUGCCAAAACUUAAACCAGAGGAUGUGGCAGAAGCACUUCUAUACGCAAUCACUACACCUGAUCAUGUUCAAAUUCACGAGCUUGUCAUCAAACCGAUGGGGGAAUUUCUAUAAAUAACAACCUCAUUCUGUACGCUUCGUUAUUUAGUAAAGAAAAAUAUAAACAUUCAAAUAAUCCUACCUUUUCGACGGCGUCGGAGGAGGAGAAAAAGUAUGCUUUCAAGUGCUAUUUUAUUUAUCUCAUAAUUUAUUUUUAUACAGCAAUAAAAAAGAAUAUAUUCUAGUGCUAGCGAAUAAAUAUAUUUUGAGCGUA